GAAAAGAGAAGAAAAAACUUGAGGAUUGACAAAUAAACAAAACGAGAGAUGGCCAAUCUUACCACUCUUGGUCCUAGAUAUUUGUUCUUCUUGUUGCAUGUUUUGUUACUCUCGUUAAUGCAAACCAAAGUCUCCUCUUACCAGUACAAAGUUGGAGAUUUAGAUGCUUGGGGAAUACCCACUUCAGCAAAUCCACAAGUCUAUGCCACAUGGUCUAAAUACCACACUUUCAGUAUUGGAGAUUCUCUUCUGUUCUUUUACCCACCAAGCCAAGAUUCAGUGAUCCAAGUCACGGCACAAUCCUACAACAGCUGCAACCUCAAAGAUCCAAUCUUGUACAUGAACAAUGGAAACUCCCUCUUCAACAUUACUGCAGAGGGUGAAUAUUUCUUCACCAGUGGAAAACCGGGUCACUGUGGAAAGAAGCAGAAGCUCCACAUUCUUGUUGGGAACGUCACUGCCACUGCAUUUUCUCCCUCUUAUGGUCCCAGUGCAUUACCAGACACUGCCCCGUCUUAUCCGACUGUAUUCGGCACGAUCCCUGCACCGCCUUCUCCUUCUUCUUCUUCUUCGCCAUCGUUAAGAUUUUCGGGUUUCGUGGUGGCUGCUAUUGGAUUUGUGGUAUGUGCACUGCUAGGUGGAGCCAUGUGAAGAACAUGAGGAGAACAAUUUUUGU